UAGAGAAACCGUUGAGCGUCAUGUCUCUGCUGUAGCAAAGCUCCGUGCUAGAUUUUAUUAUUUGCCUCCAGUUGUCGCUGCACUUUGUUUUGACAGCUGCUUGUUUUCUUUUCUCGUAACCUGUUUACCGAAGAAUGAGCGAAAACGACGACAUCGACGUCGACAGCGAUGCAGACAAGCGAGCCCAUCACAAUGCGCUGGAGCGCAAACGCAGGGACCACAUAAAAGACAGCUUUCACGGUUUACGAGAUUCUGUGCCUGCAUUACAAGGGGAGAAGAGUUCUGUCAAACAGGCCUCCCGAGCACAGAUUCUAGACAAAGCCACUGAGUACAUCCAGUACAUGAGGCGAAAAAACCAUACCCACCAGCAAGACAUCGAUGACUUAAAGAAGCAAAAUGCAGUGUUGGAGCAGCAGGUGCGUGCCCUGGAGAAGGCGAAGGGCAACACUCAGCUCCAGACAAACUACUCUUCUGACAGCAGCUUGUACACAAACCGCAAAGGCAGCGCGGUGUCCGCCUUCGACGGCGGGUCCGACUCCAGCUCCGAAUCAGAGCCGGACGAGCCGCCCAACAGAAAGAAGCUGCGCGUGGAGCCCAGCUAGACUCGACUCCACCUCCAGUUCUCCGAACAGACUCUUUUUGCCCACCAGCCCCUGAAUCCUCUCACCUGUCCGCACUAAGUCCUGCCUUCUAACGCCAGUCCACGAGACAAGGUGGAGGCCUGUGUGAGAGAGAUGCUAUUAUGGAUAAAACGCUUCUACCUUCUUUUUUUUUCCUCCUGGCAAAGCAUCCUGUCACUCCGUUCGUGGCCCCAGCAACAACUCUUAAGACCCCCAAAGAGGCAGCUCAGCAGUUUUGAAGGACUCCCCCCCCUAUCUUUAUUAUAACCUUUCAUAAUCAAAAGGAGAUGACAAGGUAUGACGCUUUAGUAAAGCUACACAAAAAUAUGGGUUGGUUUUUUUUCCUCCUUUUGGUUGUUUUGGACAACCUCUGCAAUCUGUUGGAGUUGUGAGACUUUUUGACCUUCGACAAAAUGGUAAUUAGGGUUAUUUGACCUUUUUAAUAUUCAUACUUUUCCAGAAAACAAUGUGAAGUUGCUUUUGAAAAAAAAAAAAAAAAUGUCUGUAAUGCAAAAUGUAACCCCCCCCCCCUUUAUUCAGUGUAGGUGGCUGAAGUUUUUGUCUUUGAAGUUGUCUGUGUAAUCAAAGAAUCCCUCUAUUUAUAGUGAUGCACCGACAUUGAUUUCUUACCCUCAUGUCUGAUCUCCUCUAUGUUUGGCUUGAGAUUUUCCAGAGAGCACAGGAGGAUGAUCAAGUUGACCUGCUGUUUUAGUGGAUUUUCCACAGGUACAACUAUUUAUUUUCCUCUAUUUUUAUUAUUAUCAGAUAAAAUGAGUAUAAGAAGACAAAAAAAAAAUCCCCUAUUGGACACUGAAUGUUACACAAUGCAGGUGAGGGGCAGUGACCUUUAUUUUUGUUAAUGGAAGUUUGUUUCCGUGUGUAGUAUAUAACACUGUGUACUCUUUAAUGGUGUCACUUCUGCAAAGAAAAGCCUUUCCUUGAAAUAUUUGCCUGUGCCGGGAACGUUUAUCUUUUCUUUCUUUUCUUUCCUUUUUGCAGAGGUAAACUAGUGUGUACGUAAUCAAUAUUUGUUUGUUCCAUUCUGUGGAAAUUACAGGUAUGUUGUACAUACUGCCAACGGUUGUCUUGCAAGUUAAGGCAUACCUUUAUUAUGAGACUAUAAAUAAAAUUAUUUUAUCCUUUUGGGAUGUAUUUGUGGCUCGACAUGUUUUUAAUAACAACCAUAUGAGAGCUUUUGUACAUUGAGCUUUCUAAGUUUCUUUUUUUUUAUGUGUUUGUGGAGGGAAAUGUAAGAGUGAACUCAUUCCCAAUCCCAGUUAUUGAAAUAAUCAGAUGUUUAAUCAAAUUUAAGAAACUGCUAAUAGAAAGCAAUCAAGAGGGAUCAUUUAGUGAACACAUUUGAGGAUAUUAAAUGUCUCUAAAUGACUUAUGAAUUGAAUAUUUAGGUUUCUUUGUUUUUCUCAGUUUCAGAUAUUAACUAGACAAUAAGAGACAGGUGCCUGUACUCGGGAUGCUAUUGAAGACAGAGGUUAUAGCCUUAUUCAUAUUUUAGGGAGUUUGGAGCUUUAUGUCACAAGUUUACAUUGAGGGAUAUCAUAAAGCCUGAUUCUGAUCGUUUUAGUCUAAACAUUGUAAGAUUUGAUUGUUGUGCAAACGAAAGAUACAAUAAAUAAUAAUAAAUGAC